UGAUGUCAGAGAUGCAGAGUAAGACAACUGUAUGGAGGACAGUCAGAAAAGUGUUCCUGGCUCUGAAACGACUUUUACUCGUCAUUGUGGUUUUCCUGGACACAAACCUGUCAGAACAUCAAGGAGGAUCCACAGGAUUACAGGAUUUCCCAGUGUGAUUGGCUGCAUAGAUGCACACACAUCCCCAUCACAGCUCCCUCACAUCAUGAACAGGAAGUCCAUUCACAGCAUAAAUGUGCAGAUCAGAUGUGAUGCUGCAUACAUCAUUUCUAAUGUGGAGGCCACGUGGUCUGGGUCUGUUCAUGACUCCAGGAUUUAUGGAGAGUCUAACCUGAGCAACAGACUGCAGCGUGGAGAGUUUGAUGGCCUUCUGCUGGGUGACAGGGGUUACCAUGACAACCCAGACUGAUGACCUCAUACCCUGACCCUGAACCAGGCCCCCAACAGAACUUCAACCGGACUCACUGCAGGACCAGAGCCCGGGUGGAGAUGACCAUAGGCCUGCUGAAAGCCCGUUUCCAGAGCCUACGUCUCCUCAGGGUGACCCCUGAGAGGGCCUGUGAUAUUACUGUGGCAUGUGUUGUUCUUCAUAAUAUUACCACUAUUAGAGGAGAGCAACAGCCUGCCCUACAAACUGAAGACCCAGAUGAUGAGCCCAUCCACCUGCAGCUAUCCAGGACAGCAGAGCAGUCAGAGACACCGUAUGCAAUAAUCACUUUAGAGUUUAAGUCUCCAUCAUCACCACCACAGCAAAUAAAGACAUGAUACACAUUUCA